AUGAAGCGACUCCUCUUCGCCCUUUCUUUGGGGGCCCUGGCAAAUGCAAAGGUGGCGGAUGUGGUUCUUCUUCAAGCCCAGAAGGUGGCCGAGGACUCUACCGACUCUUCCCCGAAAUUCAAGGCGUGUCAGGGUCAGCCCAUCGGGCAGAGAGGCUCUGCCAUCUGUGACACCCUGCCUGCGACAGAGUGCGGGUCGCGGUACGCACCGAUAGGAAUGCCAGGCGAGCAGCAAUUCAUGCAAUGCGAACUCGUUGGAGACGAUUGCCGUGCAGUUGGGCCUGAAUGCAUGUUUCUCACUGACAUGCAGGUGGAGUACUUGGUCGUGGCAGGCGGCGGCGGCGCUGGGUCUGGUGGUGGCGGAGCCGGGGGUGUCCUCAAGGGCCAAACCACGCUGGAAGUGGGGGGCACGUUGCCCGUGCUCGUGGGAGCCGGCGGAAAAUUUGGUGGUGGCGGCUCCCCAUAUUGGAAGGCAAACUUGAUUCCCACAAGUGGUAGUGAUAGCAAGCUUGGUGACAUUGUGGCUAAGGGAGGGGGACAUGGUGGUGGAGGUAGCACGAGGACCCAAACUCCGCCUGUGGGAGGAUCAGGUGGCGGUGGUGGCUACGAUGCAAGCUCAAUCACACGCAGUUCAGGUACGAAGGGUCAGGGGCACGGGGGAGGCAGGUGCAGUGCUUCAGGCUACGGUGGUGGAGGAGGUGGCGGUGGCGCCGGUGAAGCUGGCAAAGACAGCCCACAAAAGCACUAUGGCGGCAAGGGUGGUGAUGGCAUAUCCUCGGACAUCACCGGCACACCUGUGUUCUAUGGCGGAGGUGGCGGCGGAGCGGUGAAUGACAACACCAACCAAGCAGUUUCCGGCAGAGGUGGACAGGGAGGCAAAGGCGGUGGGGGACAUGGGAGUGAUUUUGGUAACGGUGCUUCCUGGUGGAUCUUCAGUGGGACAGACGGUGAGCCGAACACUGGAGGUGGCGGUGGCGGCACGGAUGCUGAUUCCCGCAUGGCUGGCAAUGGUGGCUCGGGCAUUGUCAUCGUGCGCUACAAGGCCGACUUCCCAUUGCUCUCCGGUGGCAAAGUGACGUCAGCCGGCGGCUACCAGGUCCACAGCUUUACCACGAUUGGAAAGGAUGAGUUGCAGUACACCAUGAAAGAAACGCUCCCGAUCGACUUCCUGGUCGUGGCCGGCGGGGGUGGUGCCGGCUCUGGAGGUGGUGGCGGCGGUGGCGUCCUGACAGGAUCCAAGUUCAUCACCAAGGGCACCUUUUGGGAUGUGAAGGUCGGCGAAGGUGGCGCCGCCGGAAUGGGUGGCGCCCGGCCUGCUACAAGCGGAAAUGCAAUGAAAGGAGGCGACUCCGUGCUCGGAGACCUAGUCGCCAUUGGUGGGGGAAAAGGUGCAGAUCGAACCCGCACUCCUGGUGAUGGUGGAUCAGGCGGCGGUGGCGGAUGGGACAAGGCCGAUGACCAGCCGGCUCGUGGCAGUCCAGGCCAAGGGUUCCAUGGAGGGCUGUGCGCCGUGAAAGGCUGGGGAGGCGGUGGGGGAGGGGGUGGCGCUGGUGGUCCCGGAGAAGCGGCCACUGUGAAACAUAAAGGUGGCAAAGGUGGGGACGGCGUGUCCUCGGACAUCACCGGCACGCUCAAGUGGUACGGAGGAGGUGGAGGCGGCGGCGCGAGCGGCAUGAACAACAAGCCUAUAGAGAAUGGAGGUGGCGCAGGUGGAAAAGGUGGCGGGGGCAAGGGGAGUGACUUCGGGAUAGAUCACCGUUCUGUUACUCAGAAGUUCACGGGAACAGAUGGUGAGGCAAACACAGGAGGUGGCGGUGGUGGAACCGAUCCGGAAGGCUAUGUCGCUGGCAAGGGCGGCUCGGGCAUCGUUGUGGUCAGGUACAAGAGUUCAACGCCCGUACUCACUGGUGGCACCAUCACCACCUCAGGCGGAUAUCAGAUUCACACUUUUACCACAGGCACCAGCGCCCUGAAGCACUACAUGCAAAACAGCUGGUUUGUCAUCAAAAUGCAGCAUGUCACCGUUUGCUUGACGUGUGAAGCCGCCGGCGCAUACCCGCCUGGCUCAAAGGCGCAUCUGGAGCGCAUCUGGAGCGCAUCUGACAGUCAUCUGACCAUGAUGUCCGUAAUGAAGCAAGCACGCCCGGCCAUUUCGUCGGGCAGGCACUAUUGUGUGCUGCUCUUCCUUGCGUUUGCUUUGCAGACCGCGUCGAAGAAACUCCAUGCAACCAAUUAUGAAGCAAAAGCUCUGAUCUCGAGUGACUCGAGUGGCGCAGAAACACAUCGAGGAGGCAACGGCGGAGGCAUCACAGGACAUCUUCCAAGUUCGCGCAUUUUGAAUGCUGCCUGUGACACCUGCUGCCAGAACAUCAAGGUGUCCUUCCCUGAAGGGUUUGGCAUCCAGAGCCACUUCUGGAUUCAUGACAGUUUUGAUCGAAAGCAUAAGAGCAAGCUGAUGACCGACGCCACAGUCAUCAAGGCCAUCGGCAAUGUGGUGGAGCUCAAGUUGAAGGCAAGCACGGAGCCAGAUCCGAAAGUGGGUUCGAAGGUCAUGGCUUAUUUCAGGGUUGGGGCCAAACGCAGCAAGAGCCCUCGCCGUGGUGUGGUCAAGGGAAUCAGCUCCACAACCGUGGAUGUCGUCUUCGGGGCACUUGGGGAAGAAGCCGUGCCAAGGACCUGGAUUCUCCCAGCUUGGGCUGGUGACAAGCAGGUUGUACCUUCUUCUUGGAUUUCCAAGUCAAGCAAGGAUCAGCUUGGAAGCAGCUCCACAAACUGUUCCAGGUACCUUCACAUGGUACCGUGCUUGGAGCAAGAUGUGUGCACAUGGCGAAAGGCAGCAACUGCAAGCGACUGUGUACUCUCAGACUGGGAGGGCUGGGGCUCCUGUUCAGUCACAUGCGGCAUGGGUCAACAGCAGCGGCAGCGUCGGGCGCUGCUGCGUAGCAGCUGCCAAGGGCAGCCGUUGAAGCUGCAUGAAGAACGCUAUUGCGUGCAGCCGCAAUGCCCGGACAAUGGCAUGUGCCAGGUGCCGGGUGGCAUGAUGAUCAGCAAGUUGCGGAACAGCUCGAAAAAGACUCAGACGAAGACGACAAAGCUCUUGGCAUUGACUUCCAACGUUUCCAAAGCCAGGCCUUCUGCGAGGCCUUCUGCCCCGGCUUGGGGCUUCGGAGCUUUGUUGGAGCUUGUGGCCAAGGGCCCCCACGAGACGGCGGAAGAGGCCUUGAAGUCGGUUGGGGAGAAGAGCGCCAAGCAGGUGCCUUUGGAGGAAGAGGCCGAGUACAUCAAGGAGGGGGAUGGAAAGACGAUCUUGGCAUGGGCCGUGGCUGGCUCUGGAGUUGGUCCACAGUGUCCGGAGGGUUACUACGCGUGGCGAGUCGACAUCGAUGAGUCCAAUGGGACAAUGGUGGGCGCCUGCAACCGUUGCGCAGGUUGUGAUUCCUGCUUCGGCCCCAAGCCCUCUGACUGCAUGCAGUGCCCAUUGGACCAAUUCAUGUUCAUCGACACGGCGGGGACAGCAAGCUGCAUCAAGGCGUGCCCAAAGUGCUUCACCGCUGCAGCGUCGGGAUUCUGCGAGUUCGACCGGUCGCAACAUGGCUGCGACCACGAAGCGGCCUUCAACCCCAGCAUCUCGGUCGAAGAUCGAGGAGAUCCUGGGACUUGCAGAGACCUAGAGAAGUACAAGGCGCAGGACGCUUCCCCAGUUGCGCUGCUGGCGCUCCGUGUCUCGAGCAACGAGACCCUGACGGCCAAGCCCACGAGUGGGAAAGGGUCGAAAGGGUCCAGCAUGCCCGGCAUCGACGCCUCGGCUUUUUGGACCCUUAUGAAGAGCAGCGGAACGACCUUGGUGCAGGAAAAGCUCGAGGUAGUUGUGAAAGAGCUGGGGGAGACAGCGGAAGCUUCCAUGCGGGCCGAGUUUGAUAAGUUCUUGCAAGGUGACAAGUUUUUGGCUCCUUUUCAGUCCAUCUUGGGAACAGACUCCCAGUCGACGCCUUCCGAUGGACUGGUCGCCACCUUGUUGCAAGAAGUGUCUUCACGACUGCUUCCAGAAGGUGACGGAAGUGACUUCAUUGCCGACGCGGAGGCACAAUUCAGCGCUUUCUUGCAAGAUAAGUUAAGCUCGCUACCAGUUCCCGUGAAGUCUCGUGGCACCAUGAUGGUGCGUGCUAUCACAGCCGCUGUUUCUAUUGAAGUCCAGAAGAUCUGGGUAUCAACGGGCACCGAGCUCCGUACACACGUCACAUCACAGGUCCAGGGAGCCGUCGGCAGCAUGUCCUUGCAAGCGGACAUGAGCCAGUCCCUGCAGUCCGUCCUGAGCAAGGCUAUUGGCGACCUCAACACCAAACUGCAGGAGCUGGACCUUGCAGCACACUUCGGCAGUCUGAUGCCAGAAAUCACCAAGCAGGUCAAGGAGGAUCUUGAUGACCAGCUCGAGGAGGCCGGCGUCUCCACGACGGACAAGGCGGAGAUUUUGGAGAAGACAAGCAGCUUGAUGCAGGAGCUCAGCACGAACAUGGCAAAGCCCGUCUUUGCGAGCCUCAUGGCAUCCUUGAUGCCGUACAAGCUCGCUGAUGCCGGGGCCAUUGCGAAGGACUUGAUCCGUGGAGUGUCCGAAGCUUGGAUGAAAGAAAUCACGAAAUCCAGCACCGGCGCCGUCAAGACGCUCAUCGACGAGGCCUUUGGCUUCAUUCAAGGCCCUUUGCAAAACUUAGUCGGUGGUGGCACAAGGAUGCUUGGGCUCGACGAUGAAGCAGCGGAGGCUUUGACAGAGGCCUUCUUCUUGGAAGUGAAGGGCCGAAUCAACAACAUCGGCCGAGCCUUGGUUCUGGACAUCAUGAGCUUUGUCACUAAGCAGCUGCAGGACCAAACGGAAACCAUUGUAGAUGAACUGGUUGGGGAGCCCAUGGGUGUCCUUCAAAAGGGCUUCGACGAUGGAUCCGUAGAAACCGUGAGAAUUGCCAAGGAGGAGUUCAGCAAGGCCGAAGACCGGAAUAAGAGAGAAGGAAAAUCGGGUUUCACGGCGCUUUCGAAAGCAGCACUAGGUGCUGUGGAUCCAAUUAUGAGCAGGAGCCAGCCAUGGGUCUCGAAUGUCACCACCGCAGUGAAGGCAUCUCUGAAGAAUUUUCCGAGCGUGCUGAAGCAGCAAAUGCUGGUGAUCACAACAAGCACAAAAACCUACUUGAACAAAGAUCUCUACCCAAGCUUCAAAACAAUGAUGGAGCAAUUGGUCUGUGACAUGCAAUCGUUCUUGUUGGAGAAAUGUGCAGCAUGGGCCACCAGCCACCUUUCUGGAAUUCUAGCUGCGGUUGAUGCUGGAUCGAAUGGCGUUGGCUCGCUGGGCUCUGUACUAACAGGCAUGUUGGACUCGGCAGAGGCAGACGUCGGUGAGAUCUUCGAGAAGCUGAGGCCAGUGAAGCAGAUCGGUGCACCCGCAAAGGUCGUGCUGGACGAGUCGAAGUUGGCCGUGACGGAUGCUAUCAAAGCCAUCCGCACCGGCAUUUCAGAGGGACAGCACUGGACCAAGACAAUGGCCAAGAGCGCGAGGAGCAUGAUCCAGAGCACGCUGCUUGCAGCACUUCCAGAUUCCAAAGCUGGCAGCUGCAAGCUGUUCGACAAGACAAAGGCGAAGGGUUUCGGAGACAGCCUCAGGAACUUCAUGGACAGUGCAAAGAAGACCUUCAAAAGCUUCAGCUCCGGUGGCAAGUUCCGGGAGCUCAAGUCCACGAUCCUCGUGCCCAUAACGUCACUCUUGGAGAGGCAGGCCAAGGAGGAGGUACGGCUACGCAAAGCGCGUGUGCAGAAGAAAGCGCUGGACGCACUCCAGGAGGAGGUCAAGGCGCAGGACGCCGAGGAGCUUACAGGAACACUUCUGAGCACCUUCGUUGGUCCUAUUUGCGUGGACUCGGCUUCCUUCGUCUCGGACUCCAUCGUGAGCAUGGGAAGCGGUUUUGGAGAAGCUGCCAUCAAGAAGCUGGUGGGUGCCGGGCUACCGGACCUGCUCUCGAAAGAAGUUGAGGAGCUGAUCCUCUCGACGGCCUCAGCGGCCAGCAAGGUGGCGGAGGAGGAGUGCCGCAAGGCUGUGACGAUCGCUCAGGCGCCCGCGGCGCUGCAGCAGAACCUCAAAGCCAUCAAGGCCACGACGACGGCCCACGGCCUCUUUGAGAGUGUGCAGCCUGUCAUGAGCGAUCUCUCCGAUGCAUUGCUUCUAGAGCUCGGGCAGCGGAGCAAGGACAUAAAGACGAAGCUUCAGGAUCACGUCCAGAAAACGGCGAACGAGAAGAUGGAUGAGGUCCAGGCGAGCCUUGAAGAGAAGCUGAGUAGCAAGGAGUUGGGCCUCACGCAGACCGAGAAGGAUAAGGUCCUGUCGGCCUUUGAGAGCGAGGUCGUCGCGAGAGUGAAGACACUGCUCUCAGGUGACUUCUCCGUGUUAGAGGGCAUCAAGCAACAGGCAGCAGACCUCAAGACCUGGAACACAGCCAAACUCAAGAGUGUUUUUCACAAGCACAUCUCCACACUCUGCGAGGAAAUGAUCCGCCGUUUCUUGCAGGACUCGGUGGUGGAGAUGAAGUCUCAAAUCGCAGAGCGCUUCACAGAGCUCGCCAAGGAGCAGCUGAAGAGCUUUGGAGUUUCGGGUGAAGUGACCGAUGAGAUGGAGAAGCUUGCAGACACACUUCAAUCUUGGCUUGGCAAGAAGACAGUUUUCCUUCAGGGCAAGCACCACUCAAUGCAUCCCUUCAUGCAGAAAGUUCUGGACGAUAUGCAGGGUGAUGGCAUGAAGACGCUGACAAGUUCUGCAACAGACCUUGUCGGCACAUUGGGCAUCGAGGAGGAAGUGCUUGGUAUGUUCUCUGGCAAAGAGCUGGGCAUCGGACUCGCGGACAUCACUGGGCUCCUCAAGGGCAACGGAUUGGGUGGCGUCUUGGCUUCGGGGGUGUCCUUCCUCGCGGACUUGGGCAAGCCUGGUCCGUCGAUUUGCAAAGCCGGCAAAGCCAGCAAGAUGGAAGCGGACUUGAACACGAUCCAAACAAAGGUGGGUGCAUUGGAGCAGUCGGCCCUCUUCCAGGUCUUCACGCAGGCGGCAGGCAUGGGCUGCAGCCUGAAAGAGGUAGGCGUUGUCGUGAGCGAGGCCCUCGACAGCAUCGACAAGGCUGUCUUUGUUGUGGACGACUUCGUAACAAUCUUCACAAGCCUGCCAAUUAUCAAACAAAUUGCGAAGCUCCUGGAACCAGUUGUAAAAAAAGUAAAGAAGAUGCUGGAGUCAACCCUGAGAAAAAUUCGGAAGUUUGUCGACGAAAAGCUGAUGCCCGUAUUAUCAAACUUCUGCGACUUCAGCAUUGACUUUCAGGGGAAGCUGGAAUACUUGGACAAGGCCAUCCACGCGCUGAGAUUGGUGGCAUUCCCACCCAAAGGAGCCGUGGCAGCUAGAAACAUCGGGGAGAGCAUGAAGGUUUGCGACUGGAUGCCUCCGGCCACAUCAACUCUUGCUCGUGUCAUGACAGCAGUGUUGGACCUGGAGAUCUUCCCGAAAAGUUGGCUGGCAACAAUCACGGAUUGGCUCGAUUUCUUUCCAGAUGCGAUGGUGAACGCGUUCAGGAAGGGGAAGAGGAUGCUCGACACCUUCCUGGGCCCCGUGCUGAAAUUCAACGACAUGAUGACAAAGAAGCAUAAGGCUUGCAUUCCAAUAGUGGGGUGCUAUGAGUUUACAUUGCGCCAGUUGCUGAAGGGGCUCACCGGCUUCCUCGAGAGUCUCUUCGACUUCGCCCUCUAUCCCAUGAACAAACUAAUUGAACAAGUCAUGGACCCCAUUGCGGCCCCUAUCAAGGAGGGCAUUGCCGACAGCCUUCCACUUCCAGAUCUCGGCAUGACGGACACCGACGUCAAUAUCCCUGUACAAGAUGGCAGUGAUCCAAACAGCGACGUGGGGACGCUGCUCCAGAACGGUUUGCUAGGCAAGCUGGAGACUCUCUCGAAGCACACCCAGGAGGAAGCUGGCUUUUGCUUCGCCUAUGGUGCUUCCAUACGAGCAGACGAUGCCAUUUGCCAAGAUCUCGCGGUCGGAGAAGUCAGUGCGCCACAUCAGUGCCAGGAGGUGUGCAAGGCUUGCACAGGUUGUUGGCGGUACUCCUUCAUAGCAAAUGAUGCGGCGAUUCCGACGGGAACUUGCCGAUUGGGUGGUCUUAAGGCUUUGUACGUGAAGGACACGCCGAACAGUGUCAGCGGCCCUAUGCAAUGUGAGGACCCUCAGAAGUUUGGGUCCACUCCAUGGAGGGAGUACUCUGUGGCCGGGCUCUGUGCUGAUAUGAGCAUCUUCCCGAAUGCCGACACUGACACCACUUGCCAGAUGGCAUGCUAUGCAGACAAAGAGUGCGAUGUGGCUCAGAUGGCAUCCGGCACGUGCUUCAUCGGCAAAGGCAAGAAAGACUGCACUGGCAAGGAAUACCAGUUCUCAGUGGAGAAGAUGCGCUCGGCGAAAGAAGCCCAGCAAACAAAGUGUGAUGCUGCGGCUGGCAUUUCCAAAGCGCAAGCUAAAGCCUUGUCCGCGUGUGCUGGCGAUAAGGAUUGCGAGUCAGAGGUGCUGCAGGCUGCUGCCGAACGAGAAGGAAUCCAAGGAGCCGACUCAGGUGUAGCAGGAGAAGCGCUUGCAUUGUCGCAAAGCAGCUAUGUGAAGUUCACAUGUGAACUGCUCAACAUGGAUCUUCAUUGCCCAGACGUCAACACGGGGGAGAAGGUUGGGGGCUUUGAGGACUGCAAGUCGGGAACGAAGCAGGCGUUCCUUCAAGUCUCCGAAGCGUUUCCGGUUGGAAAGUCCAAACUUAACUGGAAGAGGCUGGUGCCCAAACUCGACUCUUCCUUUCAGCUGCUGAAGUCCAAUAUGUCUCAAGAGAAAGAAGAGAAGCAGGAGUCCUGCACAAAGGCAUUUUCCGAUCAGUGGAUGUGUGAGAUGCAGGCGAUGGCCACAGGCGAUGGGGCUUCAACUGCGGAGCUGGCUGUGCUUUACCAGACUCAGCUCCACAACUACUUCAUGUCAAACCAGGUGGACAAGAUGUUGGCGAACCAAGCAGAGAAUCGAGAGCAGAUCUUACAGACACAGAAACUGGUCAACGAGCAAGCUGCCAAAACACGCCAGAAGCUUGCGGAGAUGGAGGCGAAGAAUGCAAAUCGGACAAAAGAGCAAACUCAGCAGCUAGUUGCGAAGAUCGACGAGGCGCAGAAGGAGCAGAACGCGCGCUUGGCCUACAUGAUGCAAUCCCAGCAGUGCAACGCAGAGAUGCAAACUGCUCAGCUGAAAGAGUUUGUCGGCGAGAAGAUGGCCGAGCUACAAUCCGCCGUGCUGAGUGGCACUGGUGCACAAAUCGAUGCUGCCGUGGACAAGCUGACAGACACAAUGAAUGCAAACCGCUACAUCUUGGAGGAAGCCAUCAAGACCAGCACAGCAUCCACGCAUGAAUUGAUUAAUGAGCGCUUUGGGGAGCUGAGCACGCGGAUGGACGCGGUGGAUGAAUCGCUUAAGGAAGUACAGGACCUCCUUGACGAAACACUUAGCCGACUUGACAAGACGGAUCAACGCAUCGCUGACCUUUCCGCUCAAAGCCAGAGCCAGUUCCGCAGUUUGCGCUCAGGUCAGCAGAAGCAGAUGAACGCACUGCUUGCCGUCGUGCAAAAGCUGGACGUAAUCGAGGAGAAGGUGGACGAGAUACCGCAAACAGUCGUGGAGAUGAGGUUUCAAGACUUCAUAUACGAGUUCGAGACCAUCAUCUUGGAGAUGAACAGCUUCUUUGAAGACUUUCAUGCGAUCUCACAGCAGAGGCACCGGGAGCUCGCCGUGGUGAAGUCCUUACAGCAAGCUUACCGGGCCUGUGGCGCCUCGCUGCAUGCCGUGACAACGGCCAUGGUGAAGGUUGAGAACACCAGCCUGGCCGUCACCAGGCAACUGCAGCAUUCCUUCGCUGGCUCUGUGAAGAAAUUCUCGCAAAUUGCGGCGCUGGCGGUUGAAGGCAAGUUCACACGAAUGCACUUCGACACCCUCGUUGCGACUGCAGCGGAGGAGAUAAAGGGGAAUGCCACACUCAUGGAGAGGCUCCUGCUGGGUACGAGCUUGGCAGGGGUCAUCGAAGAGGACCAGCGAGUCAUGCAUGGUGACGGAGUUGAGAAUUGCAAGAAGGCUUGCAGCCCUAACGGCGAUGCCGGCGAUGUCACGAUUGUGCGGGCGAUCCCGUGUAUUUGCAAGGAUGGAUCCUAUCCACAGCGGAUGAUCAUGGGAAAGUAUUUGUACACCAGUGAGGCAGCCAGCAUCUUCCAUAAGCACUUGGAGGAUGCCCUUGACGACGUUCCCUUGGAAUACACGAUCAGUAUCAUGAACUACUACUCGCAGCUCAAGAUGCUGCUUUCCAAGUUCGCCUCCUGGGACUUGGUUGCUGAUGAGCACUUGGUGCAGCAGAUGGAGGAAGCUUUCCAGAAGAUUGCAUUCGACUUCGAGUCCCUUCGUAAACAUUACGCAAUGAAAACCACCGACCAGCAGAUAGUCUUGGGGGGCUUAGAACUGACGACAGAACUACUCGACCUUCUUGGCCCUCACUUCAGCCCAGCACCUCUACAAUGCCAGAAGCCAGCGCUCCUCGAACUUGGACAAGCGGACCUUUCUCGCUUGGUUUACUGGGGGCCAGUCAAGCUAAAAUCGCCGCUGACUGGUGCGGCUUCCUUGAUCAUGAGGCGCCCAUCGAAGCUGCUCCACACCCACGCCCUGGCGUGGAGCUAUAGUUUGCAUGACACACCAUGUCAGAGCAUCAGCUAUCCCAACAUCAAGGAUGUGAUGGAGAGUAGCUUCAUUUGCUGGACCGACAACAGCGGUGCAGUCAAGGUGCGCUCGCUUUGCGACAGUGACUUGGCAAAGGUUGUCGACACAAGUUCCUUGCACUGGGCAUCGGCCAACAGAAUUGCCGCCAAAGAUCUCAACAAGCUGGUCACACCCAUCGAAACCAAGUAUGCGCGGACGACCCCCUUAGACCCGGAUCUCUUCAGGUUCUGGGGAGCUACCGUGGAGCUCCUUGCGGCAGGGGAUUGUGGGAACGGCAGGCUGGACAUGAUCGAGGAGUGUGACUCUCCAGGUGAAGGCUGCAAGGAUUGCACGGUGAUCCCAGGCUACGACUGCCCGACACCGGGGCUUCCCUGCGUGGCGAGGUGUGGUGACCACAAACCCGUCAAGAAUGAAGACUGCGACGAGAACGACUUACUCGACAAUGAUGGCUGCUCGUCCAGCUGCUUGCUGGAGUAUUGUGGCCGCACUCGCAUCAGCAAGGCCGUGGAGGGAUUAACUCCUGACCUCAGCCUGGAGGACCUCUCACUCUGCGCAACGCAGCUUGAGAGUACCGCUGCCCAGCCAGAGAAGUGCACCUACCAAGAGCUGACCUUCGCCGGUUUCACGAAGAAGGGCCGAUGGGUCCGGCACGACGUAAGGCUAGAAUCCAAGCUGGGUGACGUGACUCAACCAAUGGAUCCAAUCAAGGCAAAGAAAGGGAGUCCAUACAAGCUGUGGAGCGAUGGACAGACACUUUCCCUCACAUGUUCUGGAGCUGAUGCGGCCAGCGACUGCCUCUUCGCCUGCAUGGCCCUGAACGCUUCCUCAGAGUGCCUUACACCUUGGCUGGUGCAGACGCAUUCCGCCGAGAACAGCAGCCUGGACACCGCUGCAAAGGUCCUGCACAUCUACGGCCGCUCUCUGCCCUUCCUCUCCACCUCGGACUUGCAGAAGUGUGAGGAGAGCGACGGCAAAGACCUCUUCGCGCUGUCUUGCGGAGAUGGCCGCGUCUCUGGCGAUGAGGAGUGCGACCCGCCGGGACCCGGCUGUGAUGCGAACUGCAAGAUCUUGGAUGGCUGGAUGUGUGAGCCGAAGCGUUGCGUGGAGAUCUGUGGGGAUGGCCUCGCCGUGGGCGACGAGGUUUGUGACGAUGGCAACGUGCUGGACGACGACUGGUGCGCGGCCGACUGCAGGAGUGGCCGAAGGACGUGCCAUGCCCUGCUACAGGCCAAAGCCUCCGCCAUGCCCGCAGGCUGGUACCAGCUGAUGAAGGGGAAGCAGGAGUCUCACGCCGUCUACUGCAACCUCUGGGUCAACGCAACGAGUUGCCAAGAGCUCCUGAACAGAGAGAAGACCUUCAACGUGGAGUUGCCCAGCGGCUGGUACUCUUUAUUCACCCAGACAAACGCGAGUGACACGGGAGCCGGAAACGGCAUUGAGAUCGUGGACGUGCCCGGCGUGCCCGGCGUGCCUUUCACCUCGGCCAGCCAUGACUUCGCCGACAUGGCCUCCCGGCUUUCAGGCGGCCAGGUGUUCACCUGGAUACGUUCACCUCAAGGGAGCCAGCGCAUGGAGCUGCAGUCGCUGCUCAACGAUGGCGACACGUCGACGGCUUGGAAGCCGCGGCUGGACCCGAAGCAGGAAGGCGGAGUGGACGUGGUGCUUGCGGCUGGCAGCCUUGUCCACGGGGUGACCCUGACUGCGCAAACCUUGUCCAGCGUGACAUUGGAGUUCGCGCACGCAUCAGCCACAGGCUCCAAGAUGUGGACUGAGCUCGCCAAAGUUACUUGGGCAGACUCGGAUAGCCCGGUAACCCAACACUGGAAGUUUAAGGAGCCCGUGCGCGCCGGGGCCUUGCGCAUCUCCGCCGGCACUGCAUCCUCUCCUGCAUUCCACGAAGUUCAGGUCUGGUCCAAGGUCUCGGAGCCCUGGAACAUCCUCAGCGAUGGUUUCACCACCAUGGCUUGGUGUGGCUUCAACUACACCAACAGGAGCACCGCGACGGCCUUCACGGGCGGCGUGGUCACGCCCGCGACGAUGCCCAAAACCGCCCAAGAGUACCAAGACUUGUGUCACAAGGGGGGGUUUUUGGAGGCCGGGGCCUUCGGGAGCGCGGGAAUGGCCGAAGUCCUGGCGCAGCAAGAGGCCUUCCAAAAGGAGCUGCCCAUGUCCGGCGCAAACGGCGCAAACUGGAUGGCCUUGCCGUUCUUCUGGGACAGCAGCUCCAAGGCCAUGCAAAGCCUCCAAGGGACCCUCAAAGCCCAAUGCGGAGCGGAUGAAACGAGCUCUUCCCAGCCCUUUUGCAAGGCCGACUCCAGUGGCAUUGCCACCCAUCCCAAGUCCGCUCCCACAUCCCUGUCCUGCCUGUCCGUGCAGCUCUCAGAGUCCGGCGGCGGAGCCCUCAUCAACGUCUGGAAGCAUAAGAAGGAAGGUGCUUUCAAUGAUGGGAAUGAUUUCCUAUACAGCUCCGUUGUAUACGCCGACGACAAGACCGGAGACUUCACCGUCGCAACGCAGCACAACACCGGUUGGCAUCCACGGAUGCGAAUGGACAAGUUCUCGAAGUCGGGUGUGCUGGUUUGGAGCCAUUAUCUUUCUCACAGUCAGCGGGUUGAGGGCUGCGCUGUGUGGCCCACUUCGAAGGACUUCGUGUGCAUCCAUGCGGGCCCUGAUUGGAAGCGGGAUAUCAGAAAACAAUCCGGCGCCACAGGAAAAGAGUUGUGGUCUUUGGCGCGAGACACCUGGAUAUACAGCGCCAGUUACAAAGUAACGGUGCAGCAAAUCAAAGUGGACCCCAAAGGCUACGUCUGGAUCGCCGGCUUCCGUUUUUUUACUUAUUAUGGUACUUGGGACGCUUUGGUAAUGAAGCUCAACGGCGAAACGGGCAAGUUGGAUCGCUCAACCGUCGGGACUGCAAACAUACGCCAGGGAUCGCCGAAGGUGAGAGCCCUGGAGUUCGAUGGAUCGAACCAAGCUUACGUGAUGAUGGAGCACGAGGGGAAUUGGGGGGGACGUCGGGGCAAGCAAGACGUGGCGGUGCUCGCAACAUAUUCAAAUACCGGUACACGAUGGUCCAAACAGUAUGGUUCCCCCGAAGGCGACGCACUCAUAGAUGCACGCAUGGAUGAGCAGAGCACCUACAUCGUGCUGUUCGCGCGGACACAGGGCGCAUGGCUGAAUGCAGGCGGCAAGAAAUCUCGCAAUGAGGAUCUCGUCGUGACGAAGGUCGCUUGCCAUAAUGGCGCAGUGCUGUGGGCCACGCAGAUAGGACCUACAGGAGGCUCAGGCGGCUGGCAGACCGCUCGUGUGCUUUCGGGCACACAAACUUUCUUGGAUGGGAACGGUGAUGUCGUUGUGGCCGGAGCAGCUUUCAACGGCAUCCUGAAGCCGGGCUUGCGCCAGCCCAAACAAAACAAACCGAACUGUUUCGUGCUAAAAAGGUCGCGGGCGGCAACGGGCGGACCCUGUGGCUCGAUCAGUUCGGAAACCCAGAGAACUACUGCGAGGCCAGGUUCAUAA